UUGUCUACUUUGCGACUGAGCUUUGCCUACGAGUCCUCAUGCUACGUGAGUAAUGUGCGAUAUGGCAGAAUGUUAGCUGGAUAACGGACCUUUUGUGGCAACAUAUUUCAAUCUAACGGGGAAUUCUCCACAGUGACGUGUGGAGAUUUAGUUGCCAAAAGAACCCGCUUACGCUUUGGACAUUUUCGUAAAGUCACUUUUGCAGAAAAAAAGUGCGCGGAGGAAUAACAAAAAGCAACACGUAUCCGGUACUCCAAUCCCUAGCAGGGAGAACAAGACAGCGUAGCUGCGAGAGCGAAGGUGUACGAGGAGAGUUACACACGCAAGUGGACGAGGAGAGACUGGUCGAGAUUUGUCAAUUUCUUCCGACCACAACACAAUUAUCUAAGGAAUAAUGAGAAACUUUUGGAUGAUACUGGCCCUGUGCGUAACGGCUUUGCUUUCAUCUGAGCGGUUAGCGGUCUCGGCAGCGGAUGACUUGUACCUGGAGGACACGGGGUCCGGGGGCUACCCGGAGGACGAUGACGACUUCAGUUCCGGCUCAGGAUCAGGUGCUGGGGAGGAACUUGAGGAAGCAGUCACGGUCAACACGCUGUACAUAGCACCAAAUGCAGAGCCCACGCAGGAUUCCACCAAAGAUUUCACCCCCAGAGUGGAGGCAGUCACCCCCAGAGACACGCCACGGGAAACACCCAAAAAACCAGUCAGAACAGAGCCCCCGGCUCCAACCACAGAGGAGCCCCGCAGGAAAGUCGCCAGCAGCACCGUCAGCGCCCCUCGUGCUCCCGUGGACCCCUACGAGGUGCGCUCAGAAAACCUCUUCCAGCGGACAGAGGUGCUAGCAGCGGUCAUUGCUGGCGGAGUCAUUGGUUUCCUCUUUGCCAUCUUCCUCAUCCUCCUCCUGGUGUACCGCAUGAGGAAGAAGGACGAAGGCAGCUACGAUCUCGGAGAGAGGAAGCCAUCCGGAGCAGCCUACCAGAAGGCCCCCACCAAGGAGUUUUAUGCGUAGACCUCCCGACAGCCAUCCCACGAACCCCCAUCCACCCCCCACCCCUCCUUUCCCUUUCCUUUGGAACACCCAACUACCCUUCCAGAAAGCAACACUUCACAGUGGGAGGUGGUGGUUUCUGAUCAACGACCACCACCAUGAAACAAAAACAAGGAAGACCCAAACAAAAACACAACAGUCAAAAGCCAGAACACAUUGGGAGCUUUUCAGUAGAGAAUUGUAAUUAAGACCUCUUCUUUCUUUCUCUGUCUCUACUUUUUUUUAAGAAAAUGAUGAGAAGCCAAGCAAUGCUUAUUUUGCAGCAAAUCUGUGUGUAUUUAAACCUUAUUUUGUGUCUUGUUUGAAAAAACGGCUGAAAAGAAAACACAGCAUCGCAAUCUGUACAGGCCAGAAAACAUGAUUUGCAUCUGUCUUCUGUUGAAGGAGCUGGUACUAGUCACUGACUACUUUUUAACUGUAGCAGUAUGUAUUUGUAAAGAAAAAAAAAUUUAAACGUGAAAAUAAUUGAAUAUAAUUGUCCUGUAUCAAUCUUGUUUUUUUGUUUCUUUUUUUCCCCUCUUUUGCCCUAGCAUGUCUAAAGUUGAUCUUCUUAAAAAAAAAGGUAUAUUUCAUUAAUUUAUCUUUUUUUUUUUCUCAGAUAUUUUUAAAAGAAUGCCUUUCUGUAGAUUCCAUGAAGCUUUUUUCUGUUUUCAUAAUUAACUAACAGUCAAAAUGUAAAUGUCCCUCCCUCUGGCGUACAGUGUUUAUUAUUUUAUUUUGUCUUCUGUUUCUCAUUUCUCAUUACUGCAUUUCACAACCAUUCUAAGCUUCCAGUGAGGCUUUCGCUGAAUUUAUUAUUGUUUUGUUCAAAUAUAGCUUUAGGUCAAAACAUUUGGCAGCAUAUACGUUCAUAAACGGUCAUCAGUUCUCAGUGAUGAGAAACAAUGGUAUGCUCAAGGGGAUCGGACAGGUCCUUCCUAAGAGUAUCUCAAUGGUGUAUUUAAUUAUUUAAUUUAAGUUGAUUAUCAUACGGUACUGGUGGACACUCUCCUAAUCGGUCUCUGUAGAGUAGCGUGUCUUGGGAGGGGCAUUUGUUGUCUCUUUAUGUUAUUCUUUUCUUUUUUUGUUAAAAGAUGUGGCCAAUAAUGAAUGCCUCCUUCCCUUCACACGCUUCCUCUUCAUCCUUUCUUUUUUGCUAUCAUCACUCAGCCCUUAAUGUCCUCUCUCUCUCUCUCUCUCUCUCUCCCCCUCCCUCCCCCUGAGUGGAAUUUGAGUGGACCGAGGCCAGUUUAGUAGAAAUGUCCCCACAUUUCUCUGUGUCCCCCUUGGCCUCCAUCUCAGUUCUCUGUGUAACCAGGGUGAUGGUGGUGCUGAAGAUGAUUAUGCUCAUCAGCUGUGACACAGCUGUCUUUUCCUGAAACUACCGCGUGUACAAAGGGGGCACUUCGCAUCCAGACAGCCCCCCCUCACACCCACCUCUUAACUGGGCUAAAGCUUCUGGAGCAUUCUGAGAGAGAGGAUCUUGGGUCCUCUACUCUUUGUUUUGGUCGGGCUCUCGUAAUAGCGGCCCUGUCAUAGACACUGUUGUUGACAUACCAGUGCUGACAACAUGGUGCUCAACCCAAGCCCUGUAGGGCUGGCCAGUAGUUAACCCACAACUACACUGUCUAUUGUUCUGCGUUUCCAUGCAUGGACCUGCAGGUAGGCAAAUUCUCUGCAUGGAAGCUUAUUAGCACAGCAGGUUGUGAAGUUGCCUUUGAAAACUGUUGAGCUUUGUAAUUUAGAGUUUGCACUUUUACCCCACCUAACCUUUUUCUUCCUGCCCUGUACUUUUCCUCUCCAUGUUACCAAUUUUUUUUUUACCUUCUUUCUCAUCGCCUCUCUGUCUCUCUCUCUCAUUUCAUUCCCCUCUCGCAGUUUUCUUGCAGCUGCCAUGUCCCUGCUAGCUUCUCUGCCACCUUCCAGUUCCCAUCAGUCUCACACAGACUGAGAGGGGCUACUGAAACCAUGGCAAGCAAAACCCAAAGACCCUCAGUAUUCUCUAAACCACCACAUAAGUACACUUAACUCGGCCACAUUCAGAUGGUUUCUUUUUAGAUUUAUUUUGUCUCUUAGCCAUUAGGUUUUUUAUUGUUACUAGAGACCUGACCGUUGAGUCCAAUUGCUUAUUCGUAUAUGAAAAAAAAAUCUAUAUAUAAAUAUAUAUAAAUGUAUAUUCACAAAUGUUUUAAACAACAACAAAGUGCCUACCAUUUGGAAAUGUGCUUGUUCUUGUCAUGGCUUGAGACGGUACGAUCAUCAGAUAGAGGAUGUGGAUGGAAUUCUGUAAGCACCAAUGACUGUAAUGGUAACUUUUUUUUUAGUCUUACAAAAGAAGCAAGCAGUAUUGUACCUAUGAGUUGUAAACAACACUACUGAAUAAACAUUGUGGCCUAAUAUUGA